GAAGAGGUCAACGUGACUCACUGGGUCCGAGGAAAAGAGAAAGCUCAAUUGUUGGAGCCGAGAACAGCAGAAUUAUCAAUAUUAGGUUUAGGAUCUAGUGUAGGUACUCCUGAGGAGGGUAUCACAGCUGAUGCUGUCGUCAUGAGAUCCUUUGACGAGUUGGAAGAAAGAAAAGACGAAGUGAAGGACAGGAUAGUCGUGUUCAACCCACCAUAUGUCAGUUAUCCAGUGACUGUAGCUUACAGGGUCAAUGGUGCUUCAAAAGCAUCAAAAUACGGAGCAGUAGCUACCCUGAUACGCACAGUGGGGCCCUUCUCCAUUUACUCACCACACACUGGCAUUCAGGAAUAUAACUCUUCAGUUCCUGCAAUACCGACUGCUUGUAUCACCAUUGAAGAUGCAAACAUGCUUGAUAGACUUGAAAGAGCAGGAGAAAGACUCACCAUUCAUUUGUAUAUGGAGGCACAGACCUUGCCAAUGGUUAUCUCAAGGAACACUGUGGCCGAGAUCAAAGGAUCUGUAUAUCCAGAUCAAGUGGUAGUGGUCAGUGGACACUUGGAUAGUUGGGACGUCGGUCAAGGGGCUAUGGAUGAUGGCGGAGGUGCUUUCAUAUCUUGGCAAGCUCUGAGUAUUGUGAAAGGAUUGGGAUUGACUCCUAAACGUACCCUACGUCUUGUCAUGUGGACGGAUGAAGAAGCAGGCGGAGUAGGGUCCCAGCAGUACUACCAGCGACACAGAGAAGAUGCUGACAAGUACAGCAUCCUCUUUGAAUCUGAUGAAGGUGUUUUCCUACCUUAUGGUAUCCUAUUCUCAGGAUCAGCUGAAGCUAAAGCAAUAUUGCAGCAAAUAGGGCAGCUACUGGUCUCCAUUAAUGCUUCUGAAGUAUAUGAUAAUGGAGGAGGAACUGAUGUGGAUUGGUGGAGAGAAGACAAAGUCCCUACAGCGAGUCUAGCUAAUCAUAAUGAGCAUUAUUUCUGGUAUCAUCACUCCAAUGGUGACACUAUGGAUGUACUUGACCCAGAAGAGAUGAACCUCUGCUCUGCUGUGUGGGCAGUGUAUGCUUAUGUGUUGGCUGAUCUUGAUGAUGUACUGCCAAGAGGAUAAUGUGGUUAAUAGUAACACUUAGUUUUUGUAUUUUUAUGUACGUGCAUUUUGUAUUUAACAUUAUUUUUGUACUGUUAGUUAU